ACGCCACCGAGCCCCCCGAGCGUGAGCGACGGAAGGGAACAACGGGGCCGAGGGCGCGGGCCAUUCGCGCGCAGGGUCUCCGCGUCAGGCUUUCGGCCUCCCGCCGGGCCUUCCUGCCACGACGCGCGGGGGUCUGCCGCAGGGCACCCGCGCCGCCGCCCCAUGGCGCGCUGCACCCGCGCCGCGCUGGCGCUCGCCCUCGCCGCGGCCGCGCUGCGCCUGGGCUCGCUGGCCUUCUGCGGCGCCCCGGCGGCGCCGCCCGCGCGCGGGAGCCUGGCGGGGCGCGAAGGUUGGCGUUUGGAUCUGAUCGAGAUCGGGCCCAAGGGCAUCGGCCAGCUCGUGAUCCACGAGGGCUACUACGUCGGGGAGAAGGCCAUGUUCGAGAUCCUGGCGAAGAACGGCUUCCGCUAUCGCAUGCGCGCCACGACAGAGGAGAUGAAGAAGGGCGUCGACGUCCCGCCCAUCUCUCAGCUCGGCCCGCUCAAGCUCAGGCUCUUCGAGUCGCUGGGCGGCUCCUGCCGCAAGCCGGGGCUGGUGCGCCCCGAGGGCUACAGGGGCUGCGCUGGGCUCGCGGCGUGGGACACGGACCUGCCGAAGGCGAACCCGGCCCUCAAGUGAGCGGAAGCCAGGGCCCGUCAGGAUUCGGGUCGAAUCGAUCUGCUGGUUGCUGUCCUUUGCGAUCCUCUGGGCGGGCCUGCGCACGAAUCUGCUUCCUCCGCCUCCCGACCUCGUGCGCCUGCACCCGCCUUCUUCGCCCCUCCCCGCUGCCGUCCGACGCGAGGCGUGCUCUGAGCCACGGGGGCGGCGACGCAGCCACCCUUCGGGCGCCGCCUCCCCGCGCCCCUCCGUCCGCUUCUCCCGCGCCCGUCGGCGCGCCAGCUUGUUUUUUUUCAUCGCGGGCGACCUCGCCGGAAGGAAAAA